UUGGUGAAGGAUAGAAAACCAAGGUCAUUUAAUAAUGCUGCUAAAAAUAAUGAACAAAUUGGUAAAAGACCUCGAGAUAAUGUGCCUUGGAAAAAGAAAAUGAAUAAUGAUGAGUUCAAAGACACUUGUCUCAUUCAUGUUCAUCUCAGAAAAAUCACAGCUAUAAUUAAUGCUGGGAUUGUGAAACAUUUGAAAAAAGAAUUAACCAUUGGUCUUGUAGAUGUUGAAGUCAUUGAAUAUAUUUCUGGCAUUGAUGUUGUUGUAUAUGGUGUUGGUGUAAAUCAACCAUUUUAUAUUAUACAAGAGUUGGCUUCUGAUAUUGUUCUUGAAAUAUCAUGGGUAAUAAAGUUCAAUAUCAGGUCAUAG